AUGGCCUCGCAGAUCCUCAUCCUCGACGGCGGCCUUGGCACCUCGCUGGAGGCCAAGUACGGCGUCACCUUCAGCCGCGCCACGCCGCUGUGGUCGUCGGACCUGCUCGUGUCCAGCCCCGCGACGCUGCUCGCGUGCCAGAAGGACUUUGGCGAUGUCCCCGUCGACGUGCUCCUCACAGCCACGUACCAGGUCUCGCUGGAUGGCUUCGCCGGCACCCGCAACGAGACGUUCCCCGACGGCAUCGGCGCCAAUGCCGUCCCGCCGUUCCUCGACGACGCCGUCGCCAUCGCGCAAAGGGCCAUCCACGGCGAUGCCCGCGUCGCUCUCAGCUGCGGGCCGUACGGCGCCUGCAUGAUCCCCGGCCAGGAGUACAGCGGCAAGUAUGACGCCGCCCACGACUCGCCCGCCGCGCUGGAGGAGUGGCAUCGCCAGCGCAUGCAGUUGUUUGGCUCCAUUGCCGACGUCGGCUCGCGCGUAGGCUACGUCGCGCUCGAGACCAUCCCGCGCCUGGACGAAAUUAUCGCCAUGCGCAAGGCCGUCGCCUCCACCCCGGAGCUGGCGCAUCUGCCGUUCUGGACCGCGUGCCUCUCCCCAGGCGAGGACAUGACCCUGCCCGACGGAAGCUCCAUCGAGGCUGCCGUCGAGGCCAUGCUGGAUCCCAAACUGUCUGCGAGCGUGCCGUGGGGCAUUGGCAUCAACUGCACCAAGGUGCACAAGCUGGACGCCAUGCUUCGCAUCUUCGAAUCCACUGUUGCGCGCAUGGUCGAGGACGGCCGCGCCUCUUCGUGGCCUGCCCUCAUCCUCUACCCCGAUGGCACGAAUGGAGAGGUCUACAACACAACAACCCAGAAGUGGGAGUUGCCAGAGGGCGCAAAGGCCCAGGACCGUGGCCCAUGGGAGACGCAAGUGACGGAUGUUGUCAAGGCCACGCAGGAGCGCGGCAACUGGCCGACCAUUGUCGUCGGUGGGUGCUGUCGAGCAACAAGCGACGACAUUGCAAAACUGAAAGGUCUUCUACUCGGUUAA